AUGUCGACCCGCUCAUAUCAAGGCUGCUGGACAUGUAAGCGCCGUCGGCGCCGAUGCGAUAAUGCUCGUCCGACCUGUCAGAACUGCGCGCAACGGGGUGUUGAUUGCGAGGGCUACGAAGUGCGAUUGCGAUGGGGCAAUGGCAUUGCGUCGCGCGGUCGGUUUACCGGCGCUGAUAAACCACUUGAGGAGAAUGUGCCGAUUAGGCCGAAGGGAAGACGAAGGGAUCUUAGUCGAGAAAGGAUGAAGUGCAAUGCGCAGCCCGCCGCAAAGUCCUCGAGUUCGUGCUUGCAUGGUCUUGAUGCGUUGUUGGUAGAGGUCCAUGACAUGGAUCUGGCAUUAUUGAAUCCAGAAGCAUCGGAGCACGAUAGAAUGCUAUUUGACGAAUUCCUGAGAAGCGGCAUCAAUGUGCUACACUCAACGACCGCACGAGAGAGCAUGCUCCAGCCACGACUACCACAGCUAUGUCAAGAAUCUACCGCCUUGUACCCAAUCUGUAUCGCAUUUCAACUCUCUCUCUCAGCCUCACAUACGCCAUUGUUCUUCGAAUACUUCGAUGCUGCGCUUCGCAAAUUCCGAUCCGAACUGGCUCGCAGCACGACCCUCUCAGAUGGGACGCUGACAGCGGGUCUCCUACUGUGUAGCACCGGUCUGAUGCAUGGGCUGCCCUGGACCAUGCAUCUAGAAGGAAUGCACAACAUCCUGCAAAGCCACGGUCUCGAUAACCUACACCCUACAGCUACCCCUUCCGAGUUCCGCACGCAUCUUCUCGAGGUCAUGGGGGUUAUGGAUCUGCCAUGCUUUGCCAUUGGUCGUCAAACCCCCUGUAUCGGUAUCUGGCGCCGUUAUUGCCAGCCCGCGGGACCGAGGCAGGGCAUUGAGCCUGUAACGGGACUUCCCCGCAGUUUAGUUGAUUUAUUUGCCGGCAUCGGCAUGGAAACUACCGAGCAAAGCUUCUGGGACUGGCCAGGCGAGGCGGGGAGCUUUUUACAGUGUUAUUUGUGGGAAGCGCACCGAUUAGCUGGGAUCUUGACCCUUCGAAAGCAUGCACGCACUAGCGAGCAAUCACGCAAGACUUCCGGUUUCUCAGCGUGGCGACAGCCGAGCGCGUGUCCUGCGGAUGCUACUAUCCUAGUAUCGCGUAUACUGGCCAACCUCGAUGCUCUACGACUUGCAUGUGUUGAGCGUCCGGCGGAAGAUAUUUAUAUCAACAAUGCCGUUGUUUACCCCUAUUUUGUUGCCGGGCUUGAGGUGGAGGUGAUGAAUCGUAAUCCGCAGUGGCAGGAUGUUAUUCGCAAUCGUGCCUCGGCAUCAAAGCAAGACGAGAUACUUUUGGAAAUUUUAGAGGAGAUGUGGCAGAGGAACGAUCCUACACUUGAUGUUGAUGAUUUGGCGCAGGCCAAGGAGCUCGAGAUGGGACUUUUAUAA